GGAGGCGCGACGAGAGCCACGCACCGUAGGCGGAGAUGGACGCCGCCCCCGCCUCGGAUAAGCCGCGCGUGUGCGGCUGCCACAUUGUGGCGGUGCCGUACCCGGGUCGCGGCCACGUCAAUGCCAUGAUGAACCUGAGCCGCCUCCUCACCGCCCGCGGCGCCGCGGUCACCUUCGUCGUUACUGAGGAAUGGCUCGGCCUCCUCCUCCGUUCCUCCCCCAAUGCCGCGCCGGCCGGCGGCGUCCGCCUGCGCGCCAUCCCCAACGUCAUACCCUCCGAGCACGGCCGCGCCUCCGACCACGCGGGCUUCCUCGACGCCGUCGCCACAGAGAUGGAGGCGCCCUUCGAGCGCCUGCUCGACCGCCUCGAGGGCCCGCCGCCCGCGGCGCUCGUGGCCGACACCUACCUCCCCUGGGUUGUCGGGGUCGGCAACCGGAGGGGUGUGCCCGUCUGGUCGCUCUUCCCCAUGGCCGCCGCCUUCUUCUCCGCGUACUACCACUUCGACCGCCUCCCGGCGUGGCUUUCCAACGACAACGAGCAAGCGCCGUACUCCGGUGAGACCGUAGAUAACCCUGAUAAAAAACUUGGGCGAUAUAUCUCCGGCCAGGCCUCAAGUUCAAUAAGGUUGUCUGAUCUCGAGCCCUUAAUUCACAACAAGAGAACAACGAAGCACAUCCUAGCAGCCUUAUCUAGCAUUAGAAAUGCUCAAUGUCUUCUUUUCACCACCAUGUAUGAGCUUGAGGCCGGUGUCAUCGACUCGCUACGGUCAAUACUCUUUUGUCCAAUAUACCCAAUAGGCCCCUGUGUUCCCUACAUGACACUUGAAGACCACCAUACCGUGUCCAAUGGGGAAGUUACCAGCCAAGGAGACUACUUCACCUGGUUGGAUUCGCAUCCUGUGAACUCAGUGUUGUAUGUCUCCCUUGGCAGUUUCCUCUCAGUGUCAGCCUCUCAGGUUGAUGAGAUUGCACUGGGCCUAGCGUCAAGUAAGGUUAGGUUCCUGUGGAUUCUUCGAGAACAAUCCUCUCAGGCGCGAGAACUUAUUGGUGACACCGAUAAGGGGAUGAUACUGCCAUGGUGCGAGCAGAUGAAGGUUUUGUGCCACCCUUCAGUUGGGGGCUUCUUGACCCAUUGCGGGAUGAACUCAACACUUGAAGCCAUCUUUGCUGGUGUACCUAUGCUUGCCUUACCAAUCUUCUUUGAUCAACCGAUUGAUGGCCGACUAAUUGUGGAAGAGUGGAAGAUUGGCCUGAACUUGAAGGAUUGUACUCGUAAGGAUGGUCUGAUUGGGAGAGAGGAUAUUGCGUUGGCUGCUAAGAGGCUGAUGUCUUCUGAUGAAGCUGAGACAAAGGCAAUAAGGAGACGUGCUCUUGAGUGGAAAGAGGCUUCUCGCAGAGCAGUCGACAAGGGUGGAUCUUCAUACCGCAAUCUGAGUUCGUUGAUGGAGAUGGUAUGCACAUCACAAUAAUUGGAACGGCAGUAUUUGAGUACCUCUAAAAAAAGGGUGAAAGGAUAGAAGCACCUCUACUGAAUUAAUGUAUCAUUUUUUUCAAUACGUCACUAGUUCCUUUGUCAGAGUUCCAUUUAAACAGCACUAUUUCUCCUCUGCAGCAUUAUUUAUUUUUCUAUUUUUGAGAUGCUUUAUGUAUCGAAUGCAAUAACCAGUAUUUUCUUCUCUUUA